AUGAAACAUAUCACCGAAUCUUACAAGGUUUUUCUCCAUUCCGUUGCUGAUCGAUUGCGGUUAACCAAGUACCCUCUUCUUCGAGAUCUAAUAGCUGAGCUAGCCGCAACCUUAAUAUAUGUCGCUUUUGGUACAGGUGUGGCAGCCCAAACUCAACUCAAUAAACCCUCUUUCGGUACAAGCAUAGAUAUCAGCUUCGGCUACGCCGCCGGCUGGGCUCUGGGACUAUUUGUCGCCGGUUCUCGUUCCCCAGGAAUGUGCAAUCCAUGCGUUGCAUUUGCCAACGCACUUAUCGGUCGGUUAGACUUCCUGACAAUGCUCCUCUUCUGGCUAGCCGAGCUGAUUGGCUCAAUUUUGGGAUCUCUGUUUGUCAUGGCUGUCUACUGGGAGAAGAUCAUGGAUUACAAGAACACAUAUGACAAUGGCACUUUGCUUAUGAACUCUACAGGGACGAUUUUUGCCAGUACCGUGAAUACGACGAUUGGAUCAUUGUGUGCUGGACAGGUAAUUACGACAAUGCUAAAACUUGCAGCGAUAAUGGCUAUUUUGGACAAAAAUAAUUGGAAUUUUCCCUACUUCUACGUGAUUAUUUAUGCUACUGUGGUUCAAUUUCUAACGUUUAAUGACUUCACUGUGCAAACUACAUCAGCCGGCAAUCCAGCAUACGAUCUUGGUGGACGAACGGCGCUUUCUAUGACCGGCUGGGGUUCAUCUCCAUUCACCUACGCUAACCACGCCUUCUGGGUGUUCCUUGUGAUGCCGUUGGUUGGAACUAUUUGCGGUGUUCUGCUCUACGAACUCGUGGUUGGUGUCCACUUGCCAGGAGCUGGAGAGGAUGAGGGACCCUCGAAAAUUGAAAAUGGCGAUGAAUCGGAUGUUUAUAAAAAAUAA